AUGCCUUCGCCAGCUCCUGUCAGUGCCAUGAGCGCUGUCGCGGCGCGCAGAGCCCGGCAGCAGCAAGCGCAAGCCACGACGGCGUCGAAGACUACGGCAGACGUCGAAAUCGCGACUGAACCGCCCUCAAAGCGACCACGACGAUCCAUUGAAGGAGCAGAGCCCACCGCCAAUGGCGGGGAGUCGAAAGGGCCCCGCACGAGAUCGUCGAAGGUGCAAGAGGAAUCAUCGCCUCCAGUGACAAGGGCCGCACAGCAAAAGCAAGCCUCGAGAUCCGAUCAAUUGGGCUCGCAGCCCCAUGAUGUGGUGGGAAAUCAUGAGGAGUCAGACCAGGAAGGGGACGAAGAGGAGAUGACGGAGAACGAAGUCGCGUCAGUUAUUGGCGACGCUGAUGGUUAUGAGUCGCCGGCCGAUACUCCAGCCGAGCUUCAAAACUUUCCUCUGUCCAAGGCGCGGCUGAAUAAGAACAACAUACUAUAUGGAGACGAGGAUGCCUUGUGUGUCCGCAUCAAGGAGAAAAUGAACCUGGCUUUGUUGGGACAGUAUGACCUAUGGGUCAAAAGAGGAGUUGUCAGCCUCAUGGGGGCCAAGUUACAUCCUUCGUCCCGAGUGUAUAGGGUGUAUGCCCCCUCAACUCACUCAUUGCCAGUCAUUAAAUGCGUCUCUGGCGUGGAUGGUGAGGCAGAGGUCGAGAUCAAAUCUUGCAAGAGCGGCCUUUCACGUCUGCGAGAUAUUUCACCUCUAUACCAAAGAAUUUGGAACGGAGAAAACACCGCCGCAGAUAAAAUUACCCUGAAAGGUGGUCUUAAAGAUUCCCGGCGGACUUUUUCAGUGCUGUAUACAUCAGCGGAUGACUCUCUGAAACGGCAUCUGCGACCCCUUCAUCUCGACAAAAAGUGGAGCGCAUCGAUGAAAGGGCUCUCCCAACGACAUGGCCGCCUCCGAGUUCUAAUCUGCGGUCCAAAGGCCUCCGGCAAAUCAACUUUCUGUCGCUAUCUGCUGAACCACGUCCUCAGUCCUGCUCCCGACGCAGACAAUGGAUAUACGAAUACUGAUGGCGUUGCAUUCCUUGAUCUGGACCCAGGGCAGCCCGAGUUUGCACCGAUGGGGCAGGUCUACCUCGCACACCUACGCGCCCCUUUCUUUGGUCCUCCAUUCACCCACCCAUCCUUAGAUGAUGUCCGUGAUGGCCAGAUCUUGCGAGCUCAUUACAUUGGAGCAACGUCUCCGAAAGAAGACCCUGACCAUUAUGCCCUGGCUACAAUGGAUCUGAUGGAACAGUAUCGAUCAUUGUUAGCGAGGCAUCCCCAAUGCCCGUUGAUUGUCAACUACCCCGGGUGGAUUUUUGGCCAGGGCUUAGAAGUGGCAACAUGGCUGAUCAAGUCUCUCGGUCUAUCCGAUGUCGUGUACAUGAGUGAGAAGGGUCCUGCGGAAGUUGUGGAGCCUCUCAACAUGGCUGCCAAUGAGGCUCGGGUCCCGAUGACUAUCUUGCCAUCUCAACCCACUGAUUUCGUCAGCCGGUCGAGCGCCCAGUUGCGCUCAAUGCAGAUACAAUCUUACUUUCACUUGGCCCAUCCUAGUGGCCUUGUCAAUCCGCUUUGGUCAGAAGCACCACUCUCCCGCACAAGGCCCAUUGCUGUGGAUUAUACGGGCAGCAAGCAGGGCAUCCUGGGUAUCAUGGUCAUGGGGUCCCAGAUUAGCCCCGAGAUGCUGCGAGAGGUGCUUGAGGGAGCUAUCGUCGGCGUUGUCGCGAUCGAAUCUCCAAAUGCAAUAAUGGGUGCUGCCUCUCAGGCAUCGGAACAACGACCGGUGGAGGACGAUGAAGAGAACGAGUCUGAUACCGAUGAAUAUGGAGAUAUAGAUUCAAGUGAACUACGGGUGGAUCGCGCUGCUUCUGGGUCUUUGGCCAACGCGGUCGUCCGAACCCCUGAGGAUCUUCCCUACCUUUUCAUUGGGUCUGGAACAUCCAUUCCCCUGGAUCCCAAGGCCUCCAACUGCCUUGGCCUGGCGUUGAUUCGGUCGGUCAAUGCCGAGUCGUGUCAAUUGGAGCUCUCCACGCCCAUCCCUUCGUCACACCUGCGUGACGCUAUUGAGCAAGGGCACGAACUCGUACUGGUCCGCGGUCAGCUGGAUAAUCCGAACUGGGUUAUCAGCGAAGAAUAUCACGCUGCACGAGCUGCGGAGAGGCGUUAUCAGCAGACGAUUGCGCGAGGGAAGAAAGACAACGACUUUGUCGAUGACCAGGACAAACAGAACGAGACACUUAUGCUGCUGCGUGAGAGGAUUCGCCGUGCAAGCAACGUGCCAUGGAUGACUGUAGUAGAAGACAAUAGCCGGCGUCAUCGUGAGGCCGCAGCGCGGCGUGAGAAGUCGCUGUGGAAGCUCAGAAAGAAGGCGUACCCCGGCAGUGAGAGCGAGACCGACUGGUAA